AUGGAUUCUGGUAAAGCAUUUUUCCAAACUCCUGUAAUAAAUUCUGACAACCUUCGCAGGAGGGUUGCAAGUUCCAACAGUUUUGGAUGCAUGCGUGAAAAUGUGCCUAUAUAUAUUGGCACGGCUGUUAGGGGACAAGAAGUGAUAGAAUAUGCCCCCUCUACCUUCUCAACUCAUAAAUUUGCCUUGAGAAUGACAUUGCUGUUGACAAUAAUGGAAGUGAAAACAGUCAAAAUACUCAAGUUAACACCGGAAGAAUCAUUAAUGGAGCACUGCAGGCGUGAAGCAUUUGGCGUGGCACCUCGACCAGACUCAGUAACCCACGUUAGUUAG